AGGGGGUUCACUUGCAUGUCAUUUCCGGCGCCCCUGCCAGGCGUAACCCUUCUUCGUACGGCCUCCCGCUUUCAUCGCUACACACUUCUAUGACAGGGAUACGACGGAUGUAUGUACUUUUUUUAUCGAAACUGUACUAACCAGCGUGUACAGUUAUCUUUUCACACUUGCAAGUAGAGGGAGGCCAACUUGGCCAGGUGCUGUUCAAACCUGUGUGUCAGGGUCGGCCCGUAAUGCGCUCAACACUGCUUUGUGAUCUCCAUGAUUGCGGCAUUGGUAUUCUUGGAUUGGCACGUUCCCUUCCUCCUUCCUUGCCAAGUUGAAUUCCAAGCCACGGUGAAAUGGUUAUUUCGGUCAAUCAGAUACCGUCCCUUAGAUCUCACUUCGGCAAUUCAAGCGCUGGAUGGUGGUAUAUUAAUCACGAGCGCGAUUGUCAUACAUCCACCAAGUUUGCCGCCGCUCCUCUCUAAUACCAUGACCCUAGUUUCGAAUGAUCCCAGCUGGUGGCCAUUCAUCAAUUCAUAUCGUAUUUUCAGCUAUUUUACAGUCGCCGCCUCUGUUGGGAUAAUAUACGAUUGGGUGCUCACGUUUGGACAAGAGGUUGAACUCUUCUGGAAGGGACGUCGGUCCCUGAUGACCAUUCUGUAUCUCAGCACACGCUAUGUUGGGAUAGGAUAUGUUAUCCUCAAGAUGCUGACUAAUGUUCCGACAAUUUCAAUUACAAGCUCAGGCUGCCGUAUCAUGUACAUUACACUGGAAAGCACGAAUGAGGUCGUGGCUGUGAUCUUGGGCGUCAUCUUGAUCGCUCGGCUGAAUGCUAUGUAUCAGCGAUCCAAAAAGAUGCUGGCAUUUCUUGUUGUCAUCUUUCUGCCCAUCAGAAUCGCCAACACAGUGAUGGCCGCAAUGUCCAUGAUGCAUAUUUCCGUGGAGGAAGUGGUUCUCUCCGGCACCUAUGGAUGCAAGAUUGACUACGUGGGAAAUACCGUGCUUCUGUAUGCUAUCACCUGGAUACUCGACAUUGGAUUGGAGCUCCUUCUGUUGGGUCUCACACUUAGGAUUGCUGUAAAGCGCUUGCGUGAACUGCGACAAUACUCAAAAAGAGGUAUUUUUGGGGACUGUUGGACGGUGUUGGUGAAAACUCACCUGUGUUAUUUUGCGAGUUUUGUUGCAGUUUCUUGCCUCUACGUCGCGUUUUCUUCUCCGACGCUCUCAGGGAAGCUGAGUUCUGUGGAAACUCAAAUUUAUCUUGGUGUAGCGCAAAUCUUUCAGUUCGGGCAGAUGUUUGUGCUGGGACCGCGCCUGAUCCUUAGUGUUCGAGGUCAUCAUGCCGAGGACCUAGCUGGCCCUGAGCCGGAUACAACAACUGCUCUUACCUCAAUUACUUUCCUAAAGCGCGUCCACUUAACUAGCGGCAGUGUGGAGAUACUUGAUGUAAUUGAUAUACAGUAAGCGGGUAGUCUAUAGGGAGAGAACUUAUCUUGGGUUAAUGUAUUCUAAGUCUCGUCGUGGAACUUAUCUACUGUACAUGUGUAACAUAGGCUUGGUCAGUGUUGUCGCCGUUAUUCAACUUAUUUGGCGUUGUGAAGUAGACGUUUGCCAUUCUGUGAUGAGG